UUUAUUUUUCUGUUUGAUUAGGUGUCUACAGUCCAUCAGUGGGACAGGGGAUUGUAUGUAUAUUGCUUGAUUGUUCUUCCCCUGUUCCCACUCUCCCUACCCCCCUGUAUUCUGUGAACACCGGCACCUCGCAAGUACCGCAUCAGUUCAGACGGAUGUCGACGGGACAGGACACCGGGGCACUGCCACGGCGCAGUGCCAGGAUCGCAGUUCGUGCCCGCCCUGCGGUACCUCCAAGACCCAAGAGAUUCAGCAGACGGACGACUCCAGCGGCAUCAAGUACGACAUUGACAGUACAAGACACCACCGGAGAUCUUCCCGCAUGCCCGGUCCGAGAGGCCAUCGAGUCUUGGGCUCACUAUCGUGGGCGGCUACAGGCAUUUACAGACGUCGUAGCCGCCGCCGAGGCUCAGCAGGCUGCGGCAGAGGCAGAACGUCAGCGGCUGGCCAAUGAGGCGGCAGCCGAAGCUCAACGGACAGCUGAGACUGACGAAGCGGCACGAAACAGACGGAAUGCCGCCAGCACGGAGUCCCUGAUUGCUAGUGAGCAUCAGUGGACAACGAUACUCCAAGGCAUGAUUUUUGUGCCUACGGAAACGCAGGCGGAGCCGACACAGGCGGAGGCAGAGAGAAGUAACCUGGCUACCGUGAUGCACACCUGCACGCGGAAAGGACAGCAAAGACAGCAGUACCAGCAAGACCUGGCCGCUGUAACGGACGGCGUCCGCGACGCAGCAAUGCAGCAGCAGCAACAGCAACAGCUGAUGAACUCUACCAUCGCACGCAUCAACGGCAUUGAGUCCAAGGCCUCAGCAACGCCAGGCUGCACGACGGACGUGACGAAGCAAAUCAACGAACGCAUCGAUCACGUCGUCACCAUCAUCGGCGACAUAGGUGUUUUCAACGGACCGGACACUAUCAGCAGCACGGUGGCCGCCAUCAAGACGGACAUCACCAAGCUACAGACGAAACCAGACGCUGCUACAAAGACGUUCAAGAUGCCGCACUUCGACAUCUGCAAGUUCGACGACUACAACAAGUCGAACGCUUUGACAUGGUGGCAACGUUUCCUCACGAAAGCGUCAUGCCGCACUGUCCCGGCGAACGACAUGUUGAAGGCACUCUAUUUGCAACUGAUUGGAGGAGCGCAGRCAUGGAUGAACCACCUGGCGGCCACCCACAAGUGCACCAUUGCCGAACUCCACACGCACAUCACGUGGAAGGAGUUCGAGCAGCUAUGGUUCACCCGGUUCAUGGUCCGCAACGUCGUCAAGGCGGCCAUGAAUGAGGUGUACACAUGCUCUCAGGGGAACAUGCCAACUCGAGACUGGACAACGAAGUGGCAAAAGAUAGUGACCACACCAGGCUUCGACUUGACGUUUCCAAAUCAACGAUCCGAGUUCUUCUCGCGAUCAUGUGCGGGAUUGCGGUUGGCACUCGGUAAUGAGUACGACUAUACCACAUUCCAGGCCAUUCUGGAUCGAGCGAACUUGGUCAUCCAAACGGACGACAAGGCCGCUAACGAGAGACAAUCCCAGCCGCAUUAUGUGGCUAAGCAGGCCUAUCAACGUCCGGCACAUAACAAUGCCGUAAUUUCCGAGGAAACCGACGACCACCACGCUGCAGCAGCAUCCUCGGGUGAUGGAGGAAUUGUCGCAGCGCUCCCGCCGAAGCGUCCCAAGAGAGUUCGUAAGAACAAGGCGACACAAGAGACGACAGCGACGGGAGCUGGGCAGCCAUGGACGGCAUAUAAGAUCACCAAGGAGGUCUAUGACCUACGUCAGAAGUACGAAUACUGCCUUUGGUGCAACGGAGUCACCCAUGUGACCGCACAAUGCCCCGACCGCACAAUGCCCCGAAAAGGGCAAGGCACGCGUACCCCGUCCAGCAAACUCGGAAAACUGAGUUACGCAAGGAGAGGGGCGACGUUUCUCCUCACUCCGCCGGACCCGGUUGCCUUGCUAGCAAUCGAUGUCACUACCGGGGAGCAUGCGUUGGUCGCUGAUUCUCAGAUAGAAAACCAGACUGCAAAAUUUAAGGCAAGGCUUAUCGAGGAGAUGAUGGUCGAGGAUGAGGAGGACCCCCAGGGCGCAGGGUCACGUGAGGGACGCAGGACCGGUCAGGACGAGGCCAGGUAUGAGGGGAAGGAUAAUAGCCACAAAGGAACGCCUAGUAAGAAGGGGAAGGACAAAAACGACCUCCCGACGGAGGAGACGGAAAACGCUAUGACCCCACCUGCCAUCCUCAGCGGCACUAGCCGACUGCCAGCCACGCCGAAAGUAACAGGGGCGUGCAGCGGACUCUGGAGCCUUAGGGAAAGGGUGCUAGGAUGGUUUGACCCAGAAGGAAUGCCGAAAACCAAGGAGAAGCAGAGGGAAAGCAAGGAAGGGGAAGGGACCAGUGCAGCUGGAGAAGCAGGUAGCUCUGAAGGUGGUCUCAAGAGGAUAGUCACCACCCUCACCCGGACACUAAACAAGAACCAGGGAUAUGUCGCAGAUGCAAAGAAGAAACUCACGUUCGACGGGGAAAACAUUACGGAGUUUCUGAUAGACUAUGAGAACCUAGCAGCUUUACUAAAAUGGACGAAAGAGGAAAAGAUUGAGCCCCUAGGGCAGCACGUGUCGCUAAGCUUGGGAAGGGACAUUAUGGCCAUCGUCGCGUCCAGUGGAUCCUGGAAAGAAACCAGGAACGAGAUGAUGAGGAAAUACCUGAAGGCAGAGAAAAUGGCAACAGAGGCCGAAUUAGCCGCAGUCGAAAGGAAAAACUAUGCAACUUACAACGAUUUCCUAAGGGUCUUUACGUUAGUGGCUCUGCGAAUUCCUGGGGUAACGGACCACAUAAUGAGUAAAUACUUCCUUAGGCAGUUCUUCGAGUUUGAUAAGGAUAAGAUUUUGUCAGCAUACCAGCAGACCAGUAAGUUCGAGUACACGAGAGAUGUAGACUUCAGCACCGUAACAGACCUUGCGGAAAAGACAGUGGUCACCGAGACACUAGCCCUGCUUAAGGAAGGGGAGGUCAUAUAUCUGACCGGGAAAACGGGAAAUAAGGUUAAGAAAGGGAUAGAAAGCUUGCACGAGCGAGUGCAUGGGGUUAACAACAAGAUGGAAAGAAUGAAAAAUGCGCUGUUAGUAAUGCAGGCCCAAGUGUCCAGACCCGUCCUCCCGCCCCAAGAGGCCGUGGUCCCGGCAGCUGUAGCAAACCGGGGAUUUGGCAGGAGGAACCCGACCAACGAACAAUGCAAGUAUUGCACCAUGAUCAGGCAUUUUGUACGGGUCUAUCUGAGACUCAAUCACGAUAUCGAGCGGCAGAGGUGUAGCAGGUCCCUCAAAGGCGAGAUCCUCGGACCCAGGGGAGAGCGUGUCAAUUGGAACUCGCCAGGAGGGAUGCAGCGAGUCGUCAUCCUCCGGAAUAACUUAGAGAUAGCUGCCGUAGAAGCAGAGCCGAUAGCCGAGAUUGACUGGGACCAGCCAAGCGGACGAGGACCACAUGCCAAUUUUAUCCUAAAAGGCAAUGGGUAGGAUAGAGUAAAUAUUACUACCCGAC